UCCCGGAGCGGCCUCCGGCGGGGCAGCGGGGCCCGGAGAGGAUUCGUCCGAUAGCGAAGCGGAGCAGGAGGGAGGACCCCAGAAACUGAUCCGCAAGGUGUCUACUUCGGGGCAACUCCGGACGAAGACCAGCAUUAAAGAGGGACAGCUAUUGAAGCAAACCAGUUCUUUCCAAAGAUGGAAAAAGCGCUACUUCAAACUUCGAGGUCGUACACUUUAUUAUGCAAAGGACUCAAAGUCUCUGAUAUUUGAUGAAGUCGACCUCUCAGAUGCCAGUGUAGCUGAAGCAAGCACAAAAAAUGCCAACAACAGCUUCACGAUAAUCACUCCUUUCAGAAGACUAAUGCUGUGUGCUGAUAACAGAAAGGAGAUGGAGGAUUGGAUCAGCUCACUGAAAUCUGUCCAAACCAGAGAACCUUAUGAGGUGGCCCAGUUUAAUGUGGAACAUUUCUCAGGGAUGCACAACUGGUACGCCUGCUCGCAUGCCCGGCCCACUUUCUGUAAUGUGUGCCGAGAGUCGCUUUCUGGAGUUACCUCUCACGGACUGUCCUGCGAAGUUUGUAAAUUCAAAGCUCACAAAAGAUGUGCAGUGCGGGCAACAAACAAUUGCAAAUGGACUACACUGGCCUCUGUGGGGAAGGACAUUAUAGAGGAUGAGGAUGGGGUGGCCAUGCCUCACCAGUGGCUUGAGGGCAACCUGCCCGUCAGUGCCAAAUGUGCUGUGUGCGACAAGACCUGUGGCAGUGUUCUCCGCCUACAGGACUGGAAAUGCCUUUGGUGUAAAACAAUGGUACACACUGCCUGCAAAGAUUUAUACCAUCCUGUAUGUCCACUUGGCCAAUGUAAAGUGUCUAUCAUACCUCCAAUUGCCCUAAACAGCACUGAUUCUGAUGGUUUCUGUAGAGCAACAUUUUCAUUCUGUGUUAGUCCUCUACUGGUUUUUGUCAAUUCUAAGAGUGGAGAUAAUCAGGGAGUAAAGUUUCUUCGUCGAUUUAAACAGUUACUGAAUCCAGCUCAGGUGUUUGAUUUAAUGAAUGGAGGUCCUCAUUUAGGUUUAAGAUUAUUUCAGAAAUUUGACAAUUUUCGGAUUCUUGUUUGUGGAGGAGAUGGAAGCGUAGGUUGGGUUUUGUCAGAAAUUGAUAAGCUCAACUUGAAUAAACAGUGUCAGGUGGGCGUAUUGCCUUUGGGUACAGGAAAUGAUCUUGCACGUGUUCUUGGCUGGGGUGGUUCACAUGAUGAUGACACUCAACUUCCUCAAAUACUAGAGAAGCUGGAACGAGCUAGUACCAAAAUGUUAGACAGGUGGAGUAUAAUGACCUAUGAACUCAAAUUACCACCAAAGUCUUCUUUACUUCCAGACCCUCCAGAAGCAUCUGAAGAAUUUUAUACAACGAUUUAUGAAGAUUCAGUUGCAGCUCAUCUUGCAAAAAUAAUUAAUUCUGAUGAACACGCAGUGGUCAUAUCAUCAGCCAAGAUACUGUGCGACACUGUAAAGGACUUUGUGGCCAAGAUAGAGAAGUCACAUGAAAAAACAUUGGAAAAUGCUGUUGUUGCAGAAGCUGUGGCCAGUAAAUGUUCCAUCCUAAAUGAGAAGCUUGAACAGCUGCUCCAGUCUUUACACACAGAUCCCCAGGCUGGCCCAGUUCUCCCUGGGACCAACCCUGUCAUCAUUGAAGAAGAACCUGUGGAAUCUUCAAGUGAAGAUUCUUUGUGUGAAAGCAAGGAACAGCUCAUAGACGAUGCUACAAAGCUAUCCUCCCAGAAAGUAGCCAAACCAAAGGAGAUAAUGCUGCGAGCGAACAGUUUAAAGAAAGCAGUGAGGCAAGUCAUUGAAGAAGUCGGAAAAGUGGUAGAUGACCAGACAGUCCAACCUGGUGAACCAGUUAUUCCAUCAUUUGAAUAUGAUAGUACAGAAACAGAUGACUCUAAGGACGAACCGAAAGAUGAUGAUUCAAAAGAGUCACUAACUGUUAAAGCUGCACCUCGGUCUCCAGAUGGACGGACCAGUCGUGCCCAAACUGACUCUAUCCCUGUACCAGCUGUGGCAGCAGGCAAAGAAAACCUCCCUGUGCUUAAUACCAGAAUAAUCUGCCCAGGGUUAAGAGCUGGACUAGCUGCCUCAAUUGCUGGGAGUUCUAUUAUCAACAAAAUGUUACUAGCAAAUAUUGACCCUUUCGGUGCAACACCCUUUAUUGAUCCAGAUCCAGAUUCAAUAGAUGGCUAUUCAGAAAAAUGUGUCAUGAACAAUUACUUUGGAAUUGGAUUAGAUGCAAAAAUUUCAUUAGAGUUUAAUAAUAAGAGAGAGGAACACCCUGAAAAAUGCAGGAGCCGAACUAAAAAUUUGAUGUGGUACGGAGUUCUGGGAACCCGGGAGUUAUUACAGCGAUCGUACAAAAACUUAGAACAGAGGGUUCAGCUUGAGUGUGAUGGUCAGUAUAUUCCUCUGCCCAGUCUACAGGGAAUAGCAGUUCUGAACAUCCCCAGCUAUGCUGGAGGCACCAACUUUUGGGGUGGAACUAAAGAGGAUGAUAUAUUUGCUGCACCAUCAUUUGAUGACAAGAUUCUAGAAGUCGUUGCAGUAUUUGAUAGUGUACAAAUGGCAGUUUCAAGGGUUAUUAAACUGCAGCAUCAUCGAAUAGCCCAGUGCCGUACAGUCAAAAUCACUAUCUUUGGUGAUGAGGGAGUCCCAGUGCAGGUGGAUGGUGAAGCAUGGGUUCAGCCUCCAGGAAUCAUCAAAAUCGUACAUAAAAACAGAGCUCAGAUGUUAACAAGGGACAGGGCUUUUGAAAGCACACUAAAAUCAUGGGAAGAUAAACAGAAGUGUGAUUCUGGUAAACCAGUUCUUCGAACACAUUUAUAUAUCCAACACGCUGUUGACUUGGCAACAGAAGAGGUGUCGCAGAUGCAGCUAUGCUCCCAGGCUGCAGAGGAACUCAUUACCAGAAUUUGUGAUGCAGCCACAAUUCACUGCCUCUUGGAACAAGAAUUAGCUCACGCUGUGAAUGCAUGUUCCCACGCACUAAAUAAAGCCAACCCUCGGUUCCCAGAGAGUCUUACAAGAGACACUGCCACUGAAAUAGCAAUCAAUGUGAAGGCACUCUACAAUGAAACAGAAUCCUUACUUGUUGGCAGGGUUCCUUUGCAUUUGGAAUCUCCCCACGAAGAGCGGGUAUCUAAUGCCUUACAUUCUGUGGAAGUGGAGUUGCGGAAGUUAACAGAGAUCCCUUGGCUUUAUUAUAUCUUACACCCAAAUGAAAAUGAGGAGCCUCCUCUGGAUUGCACCAAGAGAAACAACAGGAGCACUGUAUUUCGCAUCGUGCCAAAAUUUAAAAAGGAAAAGGUUCAGAAGCAGAAGACUAGUUCACAGCCUGUUCAGAAAUGGGGCACAGAGGAAGUUGCUGCUUGGCUGGAUCUGCUCAAUUUGGGAGAGUACAAAGAAAUCUUCAUCCGUCAUGACAUCAGAGGGGCUGAACUUUUGCAUCUGGAAAGGCGCGAUCUUAAGGAUCUGGGGAUACCGAAGGUCGGUCAUAUGAAGCGAAUUCUCCAGGGAAUUAAAGAGCUUGGAAGGAAUACUCCCCAAUCUGAGGUAUAACCACACUGGUGCUAUUUCCUGGAAGAAAAGAAAACAAUCCUGAAUACAAAAUUCUUGGAAGUAGUGAAUGUUCUUGAAGGAUUCUGCCUCGAUCAGUAAGCACCAUUUAAAGCACCUCUGUGGCUCAAUAUUUCGCUGGGGAUAAAUUUUUAUUUGAGUUAUUAGGAAAUACUUUUUGUGCCAAAAUAUUACAUUCCACCAAGUCAUUUUUUUUGUUGUGAAAGUCUGACAAAUAUUAGUAAAAAGUUAGGAGGAAUCUGUGACAGUUGCCCCACCUAAAAAAUAGAAUUACAAAAUAUUUACUUUCCUUGAACCUGAAAUGUUUUUUACUGUGCAACCAUAUGACAAUGUGUGGCUAAAAUUUUGUAUAUUUCUUUGUUGGAGAAAUUGACUUCUUCCUUAAAAUCACUGGUCACAAGACUAAAAAUUAGAAGUUGUGUUUUCAAUGUUAAAUUGGUAUCUCCUCAGAUUCCUCUUGCUCAAUGACCAAAUAUGAUUAAUAUUUCUCAAAUACUGGUUUAAUGCCCCACAAAUGAGUGAAUGCCGAUCUUAAUGCAUGAUGUUCUUGCCUGAAUUGUUAUUCCUUUUCUUGCAUGUCAUAUCUAAUAUUGUGACGGCCUUACUGUCAAUUUUAUUGGAAUUUAAUUUAUUUACCUGAUUACCUUUUUGUUGACUAAGGGCACUUUUCUGUUCUUUGAUGUGGAAUUUUGUAUAUUCUGUAUCUAAGAGUCUGUGAAUGUGUGUCUGUGCCAUAAGCAAAAACUGAUCUACAUUGUAUGCAAGUCCAUUUUAUUUCAACCUAUCAUAAAGAGGUGUGCACAUGAAGAAAAUUAUUUGGAUAUUUUCAUAAAAUUAAAUAAUUUUUAUCUAACAAAUUUGUUAUAGCGUUCCAAGUCAAAAAAUGCCAUAUUUUUCUGCUUCUUUUUAAUAUAGUAAUUGUUCAUUUCAUGUUUUGCAUUUAUAAUUUAGCUGACUGUUUUCAUCUAGGAAUUUUUCCAGAAAUCUCAACUAUAAUUUGUAUACUCACUGGUGGCCCAGAUACAUCAUAAUUAGCAAAACUGACCCCUGACAUAAACUUCCAAACAGUGACAAUGAACUUUAUUUCUUAAGGGCUUUAUAUAUUGUCUUACUUAAUUCUUAUUACAUAGACAUUAUUUUCCUUUUUCUAAACCACUAUUACUUCAGUGUAACUCAUCAGGAAUCCAUAUCACACUAGUUAAAACUUUGAAAG